AUGGCAGAGGCAGAGGCCCCGGAACUCCCCCCUGAUAUCCUGGAGCGGAUAUUGAUAGAUUAUGAUGUCAAGAAUCUGACUCGGUUCAAGGGCGUGUGUAAGUCAUGGCAUUCUUUCAUUUCCGGUUCUCGUUUUGUUAAUGCUCAUUUGUUACGUAGUCAAAAUGAUGAUCAAAACAAUAACAAUUUUGGACAUAGGAAGAUUGUUAUGUCUAUCUAUCGCUAUCCGGAUAAGUUUUUUAAUGACAAUGAUCACCGCAAAGACUUUUACCGUAAUGAUUGUCCUCUUAUUGGUUCUUCUAAUGGCCUAGUAUGUAUCUAUGCUUCCUGGACUAGAUUAUAUGUAGCCAAUCCCUUAACUAAAGCCUCGGUAAAACUUGAAAGUCCUCGAAGGGGUGAUAUGACAAGUUUAUCUUAUUCGGUUUGUUGGGGUUUUGGUUAUGAUCAAUCUAUAAAUGAUUACAAAGUUGUAUUCGGUUUUCAUAAGAUUGGUAAGUAUGCGACAUUUUUUCAAAUUUUAAGCUUGAAAUCAAAUGUUUGGAAUUACUAUGGAGAAGUGAACUAUAAGUUCCAUACUAGAUCUUCUAUCUUAUGCAAUGGGGCACUUCACUGGUUUAUGUAUGAUCGAAAUAAAAAGCCAGUAAUUGUUUCGUUUGAUUUAUCCAAAGAGGAGUUUAAUGAAGUUGCCCAACCAGAAGAUCCCGAGUACAAGUACUGGCCGGAUAAUAGGUUGGGGAUUAUCAAAGAUUGUCUAUGCAUAUUUCAAAGCUAUAAAUCUCGGAAAUGGAUGAUGAAAAGUUACAACGUGAAACAGUCUUGGGAACUGCUUUCGGAUUCUGAUAAAAUGCAAGAGGACAUUGCACAUCACUUGAGAAGUCUGAGUGUAUAUAAUAAUCGAAUGGCCAAAUCAUUCGUUCAUAAUGAUAUAAGGAGCUCCAGGAAAUUAGCCCGAAUAACUCCUAUAUAUGAUGUUAUUUCAUGGCCAUUUCUUUGUAUUCCUAACCCGAAUAACUCCUAUACAUUUAUGGGUCGUUCGUUUUAA